AUGAGCAAGGCUUUGCAACGAGUGCAGCAAUGUCUUGAACGACAGGCGCAGUACUCUGGUUUGAACGCUUUUGUUACCCGCGCCAAUGCUACACAACUAGAGGAUGCAGCUGGUGCCAUAGCCGACAGCCAGUCUGAAGNNGUACGACUUCCGCCUUCACUAUGCAGGGAGACGCUGACGAGAACAGACCCAGCACUUGCCGGGAAAACAAUUGCUAUCAAGGACAACAUCGUCACGAAAGACUACCCAACCACGGCAUCUUCAAAGAUCCUCGACGCAUACAACUCACCAUACAAUGCAACUGUUGUCGACAGACUCGCAUCAGCUCACGCUCUGAUAUGCGGAAAAACCAAUCUGGACGAAUUCGGAAUGGGAUCACAUACUCGACCAGUCUUCACUUCGGCCACACAAAGUCCGUUCAAACGUAACGGACAAGCUCUCUCGGCAGGUGGAAGCAGUGGAGGAAGUGCGGUAGCAGUCGCAACAGGUCAGGCUUGGGCUGCGCUGGGAACAGAUACUGGAGGUUCAGUCAGGCUACCUGCUGCAUAUACUGGUACUGUUGGCUUCAAGCCCAGCUACGGCCGGCUGAGUCGAUGGGGUGUAAUUGCAUAUGCCAAUUCACUGGAUACUGUUGGAACUUUGACUCAGACAGUGGGGCACGCUCGAGACAUCUUCAAUGCGCUGGACGGCUUCGACCAUAUGGAUCCUACGAGCUUACCGAAGUCAGUCCGUGAUAAUAUUGCAAGUCAAACCACCACCUGGUCUGAGAAAAGGAAACUGCGCAUCGGCAUACCGCUAGACUACAACACUGCUUCACUAUCUCGCGAGGUUCGAUCAACCUGGUCUCAGUUAUUGUCAACACUGCAAGAUGCUGGACACUCGCUUCAUCCAGUAUCCCUGCCUUCAACACAUCAAGCACUGUCGGCAUACUACGUCUUGGCUCCUGCAGAGGCAUCCUCUAAUCUUGCCAAAUACGACGGUGUACGCUACGGUAAUCGCACCUCGGGUCCUGAUGCCAACCCGAAAGAAAACCUUCCCUUGUUUGCUGCCACCAGAGGUGAAGGAUUUGGUCCAGAGGUCCAACGCCGUAUCCUUUUAGGAGCUUACACGCUGAGCUCGGAAGCCAUGGACAACUACUUUGUCCAAGCACAGCGAGUGCGCAGACUGGUGCAAAUGGACUUUGAUAAUGUGUUUGCUCUGCAGAAUCCAUUGUUGGAUGCACGGACUGAGCGGUCGAGCGAUGCAACCACUGUUGAUGUUCUGAUCGCGCCGACUGCUCCAACGUUACCUCCAACCUUAGCUGAAGUGAAAAAGCUGAGCCCAGUCGAGAUGUACAUGAAUGAUGUGUUGACAGUACCUGCAAGUUUGGCGGGACUGCCCGCUCUGAGUGUACCUGUCAAGCUACAAGGUGGCGCAACAGAAGCAGGAGAUGUCGAUUCUGUUGGCAUGCAGGUGAUAGGACAAUUUGGUGAUGAUGCGCUAGUCCUUCAAGUGGGUCAAAUUAUUGAGAGCCUACAGACCAGAAAUGCUUAG